AUGGAAGUGACUGUUACACCACACGGAAGUUUAAACACAUCUUGUGGUGUGAUAUCUGAGGUUGAUCUGAAGUCUGAAGAAGAGUCGGAUAUUCAGAUUGGACUUUCAGACCAAGGUGUCACUGCUGUUCGACGUUUCUCCAUUCGUCAAGAUGGCAAGUUGAUACCAACGAAACAUCUUAUUCUCACGUUUAACAAGCCGACAUUGCCAUGUUUCAUUACUGCAGGAUAUCUGCGCUGUCCACAGUUUGGACAUUCCCAAACAUCCUGUCGAGGCAAAAGUUUAUGUGCACAGUGUGGAGUUGAAGACCACCAGAAUACUGAGUGUUCAACCACUCCAUGCUGCGUCAACUGCAAAGAUGCUCAUCCUGCCUACUCUCGAAAAUGCCCCACGUGGCAAAAAGAGAAAGAGAUUCAGCGGACAUGUGGAGUUCAGACAGACAUUUCUGUUUCACCAGAUGAAUCUCUAACUCGCCAUGAAAAAUGUUUGCUUAUACCAUCUACCCAAACAGCAGAAAAGUACAGCAAGAAAACCAAAACACCUAAAACAGGGGUAAUAACAAGAAACGUGGGUUCUAAGAAGGCUGCUAAGAACCCGCUCAACAAACAAAAAUUAAAAGCAGCCAUCUCCAAAUCUAAGAGAGCAGAGGCUCAGUCUAUGAGUGAGUUUUCUGACGAGGAGACUAAUAAUAAGGGGACACCACCAACUUCACCUCCAAAAGGCAAAUCAGCUCAUCUUGAACUUCCAGAAAUUUUAGAAAAAAGACUUGCCUCUUUGGCCAAGAAGGAGGAUGUCAUGCAAAAUUCCAACCUUGAAAGGAUUCUUGCUACACAGAAAGCUCUUUUUGAGAGACUAGAUAAAAUUGAAAAUAAUACAAGGCGCUUUAUUACGGUUGAAGAAUUUUCAGAGGCUCAGAAGACAACAUUGGAUAGAUUGAAAGAAAUUCAGGAUGAAACAUCCCGAUUUGCCUCCCCUGAGGGUUUUAUUGACACACAGAAAGUUGUCCUUGAGAAACUGGACAAAAUUGAAGAUAAAACAUUUCAAUAUAUUUCUUCCUGA